AUGUCGAGCAAGCGAAUCGCAAAGGAACUGACCGAAGUCACCACGACCCCUCCCACGGGCAUGACCAUCACCCUCGCCCGCGACUCAGACCUCCACGCCUGGCACGUUGCCCUCACCGGCCCCGAAAACACCCCCUACGCAGGCGGCACCUUUGCCGUCCUUGUCGACCUCCCCAAAGACUACCCCUUCAAGGCCCCCGUCGUCAAGUUCGCCACCCGCAUCUACCACCCCAACAUCACAAACGAUGCCAACGGCAACAUCUGCCUCGGCAUGCUCAAAUCGGAAAACUGGAAGCCCGCCACCAAGCUUGCCGCCGUCCUCGAGGCCGUCCGCUCCCUCCUCGUCGAGCCCCUGCCCGACGACCCCCUCGAGGCCCGCAUCGCCGACGAGUUCAAAAAUAACCGCGCCGAGUUUGAGAAGAAUGCCAAGCAGUACGUCACGCGCUACGCAAAGGGCCCGGCUAGCUUUACCGCCUCUGAAGUGCCUGCCAAAUGA